CGUAGUAUAAGCGAUAUUGUAGAUCUAUCCUCUACGACCGAUAGUAAUACUUCCGGGCCUAAUAUCGAUACGACCGAUAACUCCGAUUCUAGGGAAGCCUUAAAUUCAACCGAGCUAAUAACUCCGGAACCUACCUAUCUUCCUAAUACUCGUAGUAGGCCUUCUACCCGUCUAAAACGACCCGUACCCUAUCUAGCGGACGCUAUAGAGGCACUACGCGAGGUUACUCCUAAUAACAAAGGAUUUCGGGAUUAUUAUCGAAGAAUUAUACGGACUAGAAUAACGGCCGAAGAUAGCGAAGAGAUCAAUAUAAUAAUAACAAUUUUCCUUUCCCUAAAAUCAUUAACGAUCCGUCGCUUAUCUUCAGCCCUUAUAUAUUUAUAUUCGGUAUACUUCUUUAGCUCUAAGCCUUCGAAGUCCCUACGCUUUCCUCUAUAG